AUGCUUGUGCAUCUUAGUCUUGCUCAGACCAACUGCACUCAGAUGUUCUAUUCUGACGUUUCAUACCAUAACUCAAAUUCUGGUCUCUUCACAUACAUCCCAAAGCCAUGGGAUGCAUCCCACCCUGCGGACUAUCCACCAUGGCCGGAUGAAGGAGGUUCUUGUCAAUGGGGUGGUCCAUCAACACCACCUCUCGGUACAUGGAUGUACGAUAUUGCAAGCAACGACUGGACGAGUCGUAGGUUUUGGGGCGUUCCACUGGUGAGGCUUAUGGAGGGAGGAGCCGCGCAUGGUACUAUUCAUCCUGCCGGGAACCCUACCUUUGCCGGAACACCUGGGGCAUAUACCUACCUGGCCCCUGAACUUAUCAUGCUGGAUAUGAAUGCGCUUUCAGUCCUAGCCAGCAGACAGAGCAAUGUCACGAACCAGAACCCGAUGGAAUUCGUCAGCGUUUAUGAUAUUGCAAGUGUCAAGUGUGUGGUUGUUGCUGCGCCAGUCUUAUCGUCUUUCUCUAUCUAUGUGUUCGGAGGUAUAGCCCCAUGGAUGGCACAGUCCGACGGCAACGUAUAUGUCCUUUCCCUGCCAUCUUUAAGAUGGAUCCGACUCGCUCAAAAGCAUACAAUGAUCGUGAUUGGAGGGAUAAUUUCAGUAGAUGAUGCUGAAUGGACUCCUCCUCGUGCAGAGAAUUGCAACGGUGCAACCUUCGCCAAUGGUGUGGGAAUCUUUGACUGGCGCAGUCUCUCAUGGAUGACCAACUACAACACAAGUGAUGACGCCGAGUACACUAUCCAUCCGAAAAUUUCCAAAGUCAUCGGUGGAAACGAACCGGAACACAAGUUCCACGAUACAGAGCAGGCAGACCUAUUCAAACGUCGCAGUGUAAGACCUACGUCUAGUUUAGAAGCAUUUCCUACCUGUUCAUCCAUAUCCACAUCCACAUCUAUGACGAGAGCCUCUACGGGAUCCUCCAUAUCUGGCGGCGCCAUAGCUAGAGCGAUAAUUGGCUCAGUCGCCGGUGUGGGUAUCCCUCUAGGCCUAGUGUUCCUCAUCUUGAGGCGCUGUCUUAAGAAAAGGGUGAUGAAGCUUCCAAUACAGGAAAACCCCUUGUUUAGACGUCCUAAAGUCUUUCAGGACUAUCCUUCAGAGCUGCCAGGUGCACGUACACCUAUAGCUUACGAAUUGAGCGAUGUGAAUAUUCCACACGCUGAACUUCCGACAGAGGCAAAUCGCCGUGGAUCGCUUUAA